AUGAUAAUACCAGGGCAUUCCUUGCUCCCACGCAUCAUUCGCAAUGUCCAAGCUCCGAAGCUCCAAGUUCAACCCUGUGGAGUAGACCUCACUCUGAAGCGGAUCCUGAAGUGGACCUCGCCCGGCGUCAUCGAUCUCGACAACAAAUUCCGGCAGACCGCCUCAACCGAAGAAAUCCACUUUCCCUCCGAGUUUCUGGACCUCGGUCACGGAUCGUAUCUGGUGGAGUUCAAUGAGACCGUGUCUGUUCCCCUCGAUAUGAUGGGCCUGGUGUUUGUCCGCAGCUCGUUGUUUCGGUCGGGUGUGCUGAUCCACGCCGGCGUAAUGGACAGUGGAUAUGAAGGGGCUGUCGGAGCUCUGCUCCAGGUGAUGAAUCCUGCGGGCUUGCGGGUGUACCCUUCGGGUCGACUGGCACAAUUGGUGUUUCACCAGAUGAGUGAGAAGGUAGAGGGCUACCAUGGUACCUAUCAGGGAACUACGCAAAUGGGAGGAAAGACGGAAGUGUGA